GUCUGCCAGUGGUUUACAAGCAUUGGACUGCAGAAAUGCCUCCCUUUUAUCAGAGAGGCAAAGCUGUGUGGGGCAGACAUAGCGUCAGUGGAUACAAAUACUCUGGACGUCCUUCACAUCAUCACGUUGGAGGACAGAGAACAGCUACUGUCAGCCAUUUAUAAUGAGCUCCACCCUCCAAGCACCAUCACUGAAACACUUGACACUUUGAUUGAGUCCUUAGGGCCUAAUAAUUUAGAGGCAUUUACUACAACAUUGAUGUCAAUGACAAAAUCCAAGUCUUCUCCUCAUGUGAGCUGCUUGAGUAAGAAUAGACGUUCCCUCAAGCUCAGGAGCAACAGCCAAAGCAACAUACUACAGAAGAAUUCUCAAAUGAUAGAGAUUACUAUUAAUGCAUCAGAACGAAUAGUUCAUCUCAGAACUCCAAUGGAAACAACAGUGGGAAAAAUCAUGGACUCAUGUAUCAAAAUGCUGGGAAUGACUGAUGAUAAGAGCUUAUUAAUGCUGAAAGAAAAACAAGAUUCACCAGAGGAGCUUUCCCCAGAUCAACAAAUUGCGACUUUACUGACAUCAACAUUGGAGAAUCAACAGCUGGAGCUGCACUUGUGUAGAAUGGACAAAACAACAAGUGCUGCAUCCCAAAACAGUCCAGAAGUCAGCAGUUCCAGUGGAAAUGGUAAUAUCAACAAAAAUGUCCAGGGUAACCAGCCAGCUAAAGAAGAGAGGAUCAGGGAACUAAACCAACAAGUAGACUCUCUACAAAACGUCAUCCUUCAGAUCCAGGAGCUCCACCAUGGCCUGGUAGCAUUUUGCUCAGAAUUAAAGAACAUGGAUACAGAUGUGAACUUGGACAGACUUGGUUCUGCUGAGCUGAAAAAGAGGCUGGAGCUGGUUAACAGCAGACUCAACGACAAGAAGCAAAACCUGCAGACCCUCAGAGACAAUGUUAACAACUCCGUUGCUCACAAAAAGAAACAGCUGGAGGUUCGUCUCUUGGAAAAGAUGAAGCUGAAUUGCCAAGUGUUCAAGGAAGAAAUAUCCAUCGUGCAUCUUAACCGACAGGCAGCCCACCUUGAAAAUGCUUUGCAAGAAAGCUACCUGAAGGAGAAAGUUCAAAAAAAGACCUUAGCGGUUGGUAGCCUGACCCAGCUGGUGUCACCACAGUCUCCUGCCAUGUUGAUGGUUGUACAGGAGAACCAGAGCCCUGACGGCCAUUAUGGCUUUACAUGUCACCUCAGAGAAGAUGGUGGACUGGAGGUGCUCAAGGUGGAUAAUGCUCAUCUCUGUGUGGGGGACAGGCUGGUGGAGGUGAAUGGUGUACCAGUGCUCAAUGCUACACUUGAAGAGCUGACUAACCUCCUGCUGCAGGGACCCUGUGCUCAAGUUGUUGUUCUUCGCCAGCCCCGGUCCUCCCUGGCCUCCCCUCUGUUCCUGCAGCACAUGGUCAGCCCCGACCCUGUGCAAACCCUCCCAGAAAGUAGCUUAGUCACAAAGGAAACUCCUCCACAGCGAAAGGUGAUGGCCAUUUAAUGGGAGGAGGGGAAAUAAAAAGAGGCAACUAAAGGGAAUGUAGUAAAUAACCAGUAAUGUAAAGUAGUUUAUAAUCUUUUGUCCGUUAUUAACCUCCAUAUGUGAAUGUGUUUAUAAUGCUUCAGAAAUGUUUUUCUUAGAUUGUUAACAACUGACCUUAAGUCAGGAAAG